CGGAACCGUACUCUCGGAAAUGGAGUGGAUGAGCCAGGCUUUGCUGAGGGUGGACCCAACCGACACCGGGGAACUAGUCGAAGUCACCGUGUUUGGGCAGCCCGGCGUGAAGACUCGGGUAAAGAACAUUCUCCAGAGCCUGGCAGUGUGGUUCCGAGAACUUCGUGACCAACGAGCUAAGAAGAUAAAACGCCUUGAGGAGUUCUUGAAGGCUAGUUCACCAUAUCCAGAAACUAUCCAGCAUCCAGUUUAAUACAAACAAGAUGGCAAUAAUUAGACCAAUGAGGACAGCCUGCUGAAGAGAUGGAAGACCAAGUAUUCUUAAAUCUCUACAUUACUUUUUCCUGUGCCUUUUGAAUAGUGGUUUGUUUUGUGGUAAAUGUAUUUGUAGAACUAUUCUAAUGAAAUUUGUCUGUAAUAGUCUUUUCACGU